GGGAGCCAAGGGGAGAUACCUCAGCGCUGCUGCACAUCCCGCCACUUGCCUGUGUUUCACUGCAAGACAUAGCCAUGGAGCUGAGGGGAGAAGUCCAUCUGUUGGUGUGGCUGGCGGCGGCCGUGGUGCUGCUGACCCUGCUGGCCCUCUCCAUUCUUCCUGCCCUGCAGGACUACGUGCGCAAACGCAGAAUUUUGAAACCGAUCCCGGGCCCCGGUCCCAAUUACCCACUCAUUGGCGACGCGCUGUUCCUGAAGAAUAACGGAGGAGAUUUCUUUCUCCAGAUCUGCGAAUACACCGAGAGCUAUAGAUUGCAACCACUUCUAAAGGUUUGGAUUGGCACAAUUCCCUUUAUAGUAGUCUACCAUGCAGAUACUGUAGAGCCAGUUCUGAGCUCAUCUAAACAUAUGGACAAGGCUUUCCUCUAUAAAUUUCUUCACCCUUGGCUUGGUAAAGGACUGCUAACAAGUACAGGGGAAAAGUGGCGUUCAAGAAGAAAGAUGAUAACUCCAACCUUUCAUUUUGCAAUUCUCUCUGAGUUUUUGGAAGUCAUGAAUGAACAAUCCAAGAUAUUAGUGGAGAAGCUCCAGACGCAUGUUGAUGGGGAGUCUUUUGAUUGCUUUAUGGAUGUGACACUAUGUGCAUUGGACAUUAUAUCAGAAACAGCCAUGGGGAGGAAAAUACAAGCACAAAGCAAUAGAGAUUCUGAAUAUGUUCAAGCUAUUUACAAGAUGAGUGAUAUUAUUCAGCGCAGACAGAAAAUGCCAUGGUUAUGGCUUGACUUUUUGUAUGCACACUUGAGAGAUGGAAAGGAGCAUGAUAAAAACCUAAAAAUCCUCCACUCCUUUACUGAUAAGGCUAUUCUAGAAAGAGCAGAAGAGCUUAAGAAAAUGGGAGAACAAAAAAAAGAACAUUGUGAUAGUGAUCCUGAGUCAGACAAGCCCAAGAAAAGAAGUGCAUUUCUAGAUAUGCUUCUAAUGGCAACAGAUGAUGCGGGCAAUAAAAUGAGCUACAUGGAUAUCCGUGAGGAAGUUGAUACCUUCAUGUUUGAGGGCCAUGAUACAACAGCUGCAGCCCUUAACUGGUCUUUGUUUUUACUUGGCUCACACCCAGAGGCUCAGAGACAAGUGCAUAAAGAACUGGAUGAAGUUUUUGGUAAAUCUGACCGUCCUGUCACAAUGGAUGAUCUGAAGAAGUUGCGCUAUCUUGAAGCUGUAAUUAAAGAAUCACUUCGAAUAUACCCUUCUGUCCCGUUGUUUGGUCGAACAGUUACAGAAGACUGCAGUAUCCGAGGGUUUCAUGUGCCAAAAGGAGUGAAUGUUGUCAUUAUUCCUUACGCACUGCAUCGUGAUCCAGAAUAUUUUCCUGAACCAGAAGAAUUCAGACCGGAAAGGUUCUUUCCUGAAAAUGCAAGUGGGCGCAAUCCAUAUGCCUAUAUUCCCUUUUCAGCUGGACUCAGAAACUGCAUUGGUCAGCGUUUUGCUCUGAUGGAAGAAAAGGUUGUCUUAUCCUCUAUACUUAGAAAUUACUGGGUAGAGGCGAGUCAAAAACGUGAGGAACUUUGCCUUCUAGGAGAGCUCAUUCUCCGCCCCCAAGAUGGCAUGUGGAUUAAGCUGAAGAACAGAGAAACUGCCCCUACUGCCUGAAACACAUAAGCAUUUAAUUUCUAAUUCUGGGGUGGCAACUAAUACUGGUUAUUAAUUAUAAUUGCUGGUCAUUUUGUUCUAUGUUUAUACAUAUAUCACAGUAUAUCACAAAAUUUUGAAUGGUUACUAGACAGAAUGUAAAAGAUACUUUAAAAAUAUAACAUUGCAAUCUAAUUCUAAAUAGCAGCAACUGUAUGGAAAGAAAGUACCUUGUAAUUCUGCUUUACUUUCAGAAGCUAUGAUUGAUUUAUUCAGAGUUUUGGUUUUGCUCUGUUUGUAUUACCCUAUUACAGACAUUGCAUUUGAUACAUGUAACUUCUAUUUUUACCAAUGGUGCCAUCAGAUGCCAGUUUUACAGAAAGAACAGAGUUUAUCGAGACCUAAUUUGUACUUGGAUAGGAAUUCUUUGUACUUGAUAUGAUCACCACCUAUUGGAUGUAAGGUAUGGUGGGGUACUCUGCAAAAAUCUGUGUGCAUCUGUUUUGCACUUACAACUCAUUCACAUACUGUAGUAUAACCCAAUAUAUCCCACCUCAGCAAAGUCUGAGCACCCCUGGUGUAAUCCUUCUUUUAAGUGUAUGAUAUACUGUAUAUUGGAAAUCCUGUGUUUCAUGCCCUCUAUGAAGGCACUCUUUCUGUAUUUAACAAAUGUUGUUAAAUACUUUUUUUUAAUAUUAAAUACGUAUAUUAAUACUUAUAUUAGAUACAUAUAUUGUUAAAUACUUAUAUUGUUAUAUUCUUAUAAUGUGCAGGGUAACAUGUCCAGUGUACAAAGAUGUAUGGCAAAGGGACAAUCAAUAGACUGAUGUGACAUUUUGGCUAAUAAAUAUGCACUUUCCUUGCAAUGCUUUAACCUUGUUGCUUUUUUCUAACAAUUUAAAUAAAUUUCUAGUUUUUAAAGCUGUUA